AUUCAAUUUACCAAAAUAUGUAUGUUUUGUAUCGAUGUAGCCGAUGAGCUGAUAUACGAAAUAAGCACCCCUACUAUCGGCAGCCAUUUUUUCACGCUUUCAUGCGAAAAAAUUGUGAAAAUUCAAGUAAAAAGUUGUUAAACAAGCAAGAAAAUAAUUUAUAAAGAUCACAUAUAAUAAAAUAGUAUGCGAAUUUGAAUUUUGUGCGUGCGUGUAGUGUGUGAGCAUUGAAAUGAACAUGGAGACGGUCGUCGCUUUCAAUAAUGAGCUCUCCGGACUCUAUGAUAGCCGGCCGCCCAUAUCGAAGGCUAAAAUGGCCGCCAUCACAAAGUCGGCAAUGCGUGCAAUUAAAUUCUAUAAGCAUGUCGUGCAGAGUGUUGAAAAGUUUAUACUCAAAUGCAAGCCAGAGUACAAAGUGCCGGGCUUGUAUGUCAUAGACUCAAUUGUGCGGCAAUCGCGUCAUCAAUAUGGCACCGAUAAGGAUGUCUUCGCGCCCCGCUUCCAGCGCAAUCUCACCGAAACGUUUGCCAAUCUGUUUCGAUGCGCACCCGAAGAUAAGAGUCGCAUCAUUCGCGUGCUUAAUCUAUGGCAGAAGAACAAUGUCUUUAAAUCGGAUGUCAUACAGCCAAUAUUUGAUUUGGCUGAUCCAAAUCAUCCUAUUUACCACCAAAUGCCACCAAUCGGAGCCGGCAACAUCAACUCGAGCUCAGGACCAAGUGGCAGCAGUGGUGUUCUAAAUCUCUCGGACAUUUCAAGUGGCAAUGCUGCCAAUGGUCUUAAUGCCUCCGGAAUGAGCAACAUGGAUCUAAGUGGCGCUGUUGACGACAAAAUGGGUGGUGCAAUGCCAGAUCUAUCGCUAAGCCAUGAGAAGUGCUCAAGUUCUAGCCGUCGUCACAUGGAGCAGCAUUAUAUGAAGCGUCAGCAACAUCAGCAUAACAUGACCUCCAGCAAUUCAGCAUCUGGGUCAAAAAGCCGUUUCGAUAGUGGGGGACUCGGCAAAUCUCAUCAUCACAAAUAUGGCAAAGGUAGCAGCUCACACGAGUUGGACUACGAUCUGCGUGAGAUAAUUGACGACGAGGAUGGGGACAUGCUGAUGGGCGACGAUCAUCAUUGCAUGGGCGAUGACUCGCCACCCGGCUCAUCGAACUUGCUAGAUAACAAUAACUUGAAGCAGCUGCUCAAUGAUCCCAACGUGCUACGCCAAUUGCAAACGCUGCAAAACUUUCAAAAGUUCAAGCAGCAAGAGGAAAAUCAAAAGCAUCGCUACCAGGACGAUGCGCUGCAGCAGCAUUUGCAGAAUGUUCUUAAGGGAACAGGUGGCUUGAAACCGGGCGUUGGCAUGGGCAUGGGCAUGGGUCAUAAUGAUGUGACGGACAUGAACAAGGAUGUCGAAUUCAUAUCGGAACAACAACCCAUUGAGGUUAUCAAUCUGGAUGGUGCCGAUUCUCGUAGUCCGACGCCCGAUCGUGACCGUUACAAGCGCAGUCGACGCAGCAGCCGCAGUAGAUCACCCCGUAGUCGCGGUGGCGGUGGUGGUGGUGGUGGUGGCAAUGGAAACGAUCGUGAUCGGGGAAGUCGCCGUCGCAGCUCACGUUCGCGCAGCCGCUCGCCACGUUCCAGCCGAAGGCGCGGAUCGCGCGAUCGUGAUCGUAUGGAGCGCAGCACGCGCGACAAGGAGCGGGAUCGCGAACAUGAACGUGAGCGCCGCAAGAAGGGCCUGCCCGACAUUAAAAAGGAACAUCUAAGUGUGUGCAGCACCACGCUGUGGGUGGGCCAUCUCUCCAAGCUGGUAUAUCAGGAGGAGCUGUCGGAUACAUUCGGCGAAUAUGGCGAUAUCGUAAGCAUCGAUCAGAUUGUGCCGAGAGGUUGCGCUUUCAUCGUGAUGAAUCGUCGCCAAGACGCGCACAAGGCCAUGCAGGCGCUUAAGAAUCACAAGCUACAAGGUCGUGCCAUUACCAUUUCCUGGGCAGCCGGCAAAGGUGUGAAGAGCAAGGAGUGGAAGGACUUUUGGGAUCUUGACCUCGGUGUCACAUAUGUGCCGUGGAACAAACUGAGUACCGAAACGGAUUUUGACAGUCUGGAGGAAGGCGGCAUGUUCGAUGAGGACACCAUGCCCAGCUGGAUGAAGCAGAAAAUCAGUCAGGCGAAAAAUGUUAAAGAUAUCAAACCGACAGGCCUAACCGGCGAAUUGCCGACUGUGCCGUCAGUGGCGCCUCCAAACUUGCUCUUCGGCAUUGACACAACACAGCCACCGCCAGUGGCGCCGCCACAGCACGGCGGACCUGGUGCACCUCCUCCAACAAUGAUGGGCAUGGUGCCCGGUCAGUUCCAGAUGGCGCCGCCUAUGGGCGGACCGCCACCACAACGCUUGUUGGGACCCAUGGGACCACUAAAUCAUCCUUUGGGCGGUAUGGCUAUGCCCCCAAAUAUGGUGCCCGGUAUGCCGCCGCCAAUGAUGAUGCCGCCUAACAUGAUGCCACCAGGUUUUCCGACCAUGGGCGGUCCUCCUCCACAUACUAUGGGACUGCCGCCUGGCGCACAGUUCCCCCCACCAGGGUCAGUGCCUCCACCCAUGACCACAAUUCCAGCACCUGCGGGUUCUGGCACUGGCAACGUGAGCGACGAUCAAAUGGACAUAGAAAUGGAGCUUGAGGAUGCACCGCAAUCUGCACCAUCACAGCAGCAACAGCCACCUAACUUUAGCCAGCCGCCACCGAUCUUUGCCGGUGGUGCCACGCAGCCUAACAGUGUUGAUGUGACCGGAGCGGCUGCUGCAAAUGAUCUGUUUCAGAGGGAUCGAACACGUGGUCCUGGUGGCGCCGGCUCUCGCUGGGGCGGCCGUGAAGACAUUGCUGAGGCUUCAGAACGCUGGAGGAAUGAGAAUGGAGGAGGUGGACCGCAGCCGCUAAGCGGAGCCUUUAAUGAGGCACGAGCGCGUCUCAAUCUAAAUAGCAUGGAACAUGGUGGAAUGCAACGUCCAGAAUUCUUGGGAGGCUUAGAAUUUGAUAAUCGUUCUGGCGGUGGACCACGUGGCAUGGGACCGGGCCCAAGAGGUAGCAAUCAUAAUGGAGGCAAUGGCGGAGGUGACUUCUUCCAGCCCAAUAUCAAUCAGAAUCGCUUCAGUCAGCCAACAAGUCUGAUGCAGAUGCGCAUACCGCCACCGGUGGCGUUCAAUCAGCGCAUGGGUGGACCGGGUGCAGGCAAUGGCGUGGGCCCCAUGUUCAUGAGAAACCAAGGUGGUGGACCAGGUGGUAGACAACAAGGACCAGGGUUCUUCAAUCCACGCAAUCCGUUUAACGAUAACCAACGCGGUCGCGGCGGUGGUGGCGGCGGCGGUAGCGGUGGUCGUGGAAUGGGAGGCGGUGGAGGUCGCGGUGGCCGGUGGAGUGAUGAUGAGGAAGAUGGAGGAAACAAUAGCAACAAUUUCAAACGCCGUGGAGGCGGUGGCCCAGGUGGCCCUGGCAGCCGAUUCCGUGGCGAACGUGAUGGCGAUGAAAGGCGCGGAGGCAACGGACGUGGUGGACGUGGCAGUCAGCGCAGCGAAGAGCGUGAACGCGGACCUAACAAUAAUAACAGACGUGGCUCACGCGAUGACAAUAAUCGUCACUCGAUAAGCUCCACUGAUGAAAACGCAAUGCAGGGAAAACGGUCAUCGUCGGAGCCGGAUGAUAUGAAAAAUAAACCGGUGGCAGCGCCAUCCGUGGACAAUGUAGAAAAGUCAACAACAGUAGAUACCGAGGAGGACUGGGAUAGAGAACUGCAGGAGUAUGAUGCUAGAAUGGAAGCGCAACAAGCUGCUGAAACUGCUGCAGCCGCUGCGGCGGCUGAAGCCGCUGCCGCUGGAGCUUCUACUCCCACAGAUACCUUUGAUAUUCAAAACCAGAAAACGAAACCACUGGACAAGGCAGCACCCACGUCAGAAGCAGAGACAUUUGCCACACCAGCUGUGGAGGAGAAUAGCGAGAUGUCGAAGACGAAGGUCCCGUCACCUGUCUGCACGCCCCUCUAUGACGAGUUGCCGCCACCAUCUUCAGCUGCUGCAACAACGGCGCCGCCUCAGCAAGUUGAGCAGGUUGAAGAGCCAAAUCCAAAGAUCGAACAGCGUGUGACUGAAGACUUUGUGCCUGAGCCUGAGCAUACGUUUGCGCCUGCAACAACACACCAACUUGAUUCACCACCCAUUGCAAAGCAGUCACCCACAACAACAACAGAACCAACGAAAGACAUAGCGGAAGAUACUGAGCCAGUUGAAAGUGCCCAGCCAGCAGUAGAGGCAGACUCAUAGAAUGCCGAGGAUAAUUAAUAAAGGAAAGGACAACAAAAGAGAAGAGAAACUUUCGAUGGGAUAUGAAUGUGUUAGUCGAAAAAUGUGUAUUUUAUGAUUUCCUUACAUAUGAUUCAUGUAUGUAUGUAUGUAUCUGUGUAUGUAUCAAAACAUACAUACAAACUUAUUAUAUUACAAUUUUAGCUUUUGAGAUUACGCAUUUGUUGAGACGCGAUAAGAGUCUGCACCAUUCUUGCUAGGCUAAGGCACUUUAUGUUUAUAAUUAUUAAACGAUUCACAUAUUAUUUAAGGCUUGGGUGCCGCCAAAAUACAACCAACAAGUAGGGUGAUGUCCCUAAUGUCGGACGCUAUUAAUUCUCCUUUUAAAUAUGAACAUUGUAAAACAAAGAACAACAACCAAUCGAACCCUGACUCUACAAACAGUUAAAUGCGCAAAGGAACAAACUGUAGCAAAUAAUUAGAGAAUAAUAAAAUGUAUGGACGAAAUUGAUAGACAGAGAAAACAGCCACGCUUGAGAAAUGUUUAUUAUUUUGUUAUGUAUAUAAUUUUAAGAUGGUAUUUAACACAAACUGUUUCUUAUGCGCAGAUUAUAAGUACACGUAUAAUAAUGUACAAUUUAAAUAUGAAAAUAUUAUCAAUACUAUUAAUAAUAAACAAAAAC